UUAUUUGUCAAUACCAUUCUUCCUUCCCUCUUAUUUGUAUUCCACUUCGCCAAUGGCUUCUGAAACUUCUGAAUCUUCUCGUGAUGAUGAGUGCAUGAAUGAGUACAUGAUAUACCGGCAUGAGAACAUAAGUCUGCUCGAUAUACUAAGCCUUCUCAUCUUCAGAAGACACCUGAUCAAUUAUAAGUUUGUCGAGAGCAGCAGCUCAGUGGCUGGCAGGCUCGAGGGUGUGCCGACCGACUGGAUCACCGCUCUGACAUUUGUUCUUCAGAAGAUAUUAUCGGAGACCAGAACGCCACUGAAGUGGAUUGGACGAGUCAUCGAGUUUUUGCUGAACUUGGUAUCCCUUAAUGGUGGAGUUCGAGGCUUAAUUUGGAAUAUCAUCACAGUGUCUGUUGUAAUCCCCACCCGUGGCACGGCUAACUUCCGAUCAAUCAUCGCACACCUCGAUGGACGAAUUGAUCUCCGCAAGAGUAAUUCCUGGCUCCAUUAUCUCCCCUUAAUGGAUGCGCCAGCAGGGCUUGGUGAAAUAGAUCCCUUGGAUCUCUCCAUGAUGGCUGCCAAGGUAGCUUAUGAGAAUUGUGAGUAUAUCAAGGAUACAGUAACCAACCAUUGGAAGAUGCACUUUGUGGGGUACUACAGUUGCUGGAACAAGUUCCUUCAAGACAAAGCGACCCAAGCCUUCAUCUUUUGCAACAAGCCGCAGGAAGCCGACCUCAUCGUCUUGGCCUUCCGUGGCACCGAGGCCUUCAACGCCCACGACUGGUCCACCGACGUCGACCUAUCUUGGCUCUCAAUGGGAAAAUUGGGCAACGUCCACUUGGGUUUCUUAAAGGCUCUCGGUCUCCAAGAUGAGACGGACUACCAAAAAGGCUUCCCAAAAGAGCUGAGUUGGAAUGACCCUGGCAAACAGGUGGCAUACUACGUUCUUAGGGAUACACUAAGAACCUUGCUAAAGAAGCACAACAAAGCAAAGAUACUUGUGACCGGGCAUAGCUUGGGUGGAGCACUUGCUGCUAUUUUCCCAGCUUUGUUAGCUAUGCAUGAGGAAUACGAUAUUCUGGAUUCUAUAUACGGUGUAAUGACGUAUGGGCAGCCCAGGGUUGGAGAUGCUACCUUCAAAAAAUACAUGGAAUCCAUCCUGAGCAACAGAUACUAUCGGAUGGUGUAUCGGUAUGAUAUCGUCCCUCGAAUUCCAUUCGAUAUGCCACCAGUGGCAUUGUUCAAGCAUUGUGGGACUUGCAUCUACUACGACGGAUGGUAUGAAAGACAGGCUAUGAAUGACGAUUCGCCGAACCCCAAUUACUUUGAUAUAGAAUAUACAAGUUCGGUGUAUUUGAAUGCUUUGGGUGACCUCAUCAAGGCUCUCCUCCUAGGGAGAACCCAAGGUAAGGACUUCAAAGAAGAGUUUUUCUCGAUCCUCUUCAGGGCAUCUUGGCUAAUCUUGCCUGGUGUUGCAUCUCAUAGUCCCAGAGACUACGUCAACGGUGGAAGGCUUGCAAAGAUAACCGGCAAAGACUCUUUGAGUAGUGGUUUGUUUCAUCAAAAAUGAGUAGUGGUCGUAUGUAUGUUUUGUAUGUUAUAAUGUGCCAAAGACCCUAGAAAUGGUAGGAACUUUAAGAACUUUUCCGAAGAAAUUAAGCAUUGCAUGUGG